AUGGAUGCAACCCGAGCCUCGAGCUUCUUGCCAACCAUAAAAUGUUCUAUGUGCGCGAAGGAUAUCGAGAUCUCCCAGAUGGGAGAUCAUGUAUGUGGAGGGUCUGGUGAACCAACUCCUCCUCCAGACGCUCGCGGCAACUUUGGAAGGAUUCCACAUAAACAGACAGCGACGAAUGGUCCAAGUUUCCUCAAGCCAGGACGAGCACUGCCCCCGAAAGUCGAUACUUCUGCAGCUAAUCGUCCGUUCUUUCCUCAGGAGGAAUUGACCCCGAUUAGCGCUUCUCCAUCUCGAACUGGCUCCCCAUUGCACUCUGAAGGACGACGAUCGCCUUUUGCGAAACCACUGCGAAGUGCGACUGCACCUCUUUUUCGAGCACCACCCUCUCCAGAACCCCUCUCCUCGAAUCUUGACUGCGCGUUUCCUCCGUUCCCAACCUCUAAACCCACACAAAAUCGUUCUCAGAAUGCGGGUGGAUAUGGUGGAAUGGGGAAGAAGUAUGCAGAGCCAGAUCCAAUGUAUGCGCCAGUAAGCCCUAGAACCGCAUCUAGUGGCGGUCUCUUACAGAGAAUGAAUACAAUCGCUCCUGGGCCUUUCGAUAUAAACAAUAGAAGCAAAGCAGGAGAAUCGAGAACAGAAAGGGGCCACAAACGACAAGGGACUGCUGGAAGUAUCAGAGAAUUAACCAACCGCAAAGUUGAUAUUGGCGAGAGUAUAGAGCGUCCAUCGACGGCUGGUCCAGGUCAUACACGAAGUGACACAAACAGCUCCAAUGGCUCUAAAUCCGGCGUUGCACCCCCAAAAUUCCCAAGAAAGAAUGGGUAUGGUGGCUUUGGACCACCACCGGGUGAGGAUGUUGCACAACGACCACUUCUGUCGGCAGAGAACAGGUCUCUGACCUUUCCUUUAAGUAAUGAGGGCCAAGGCUCAUCAAGCAGGAGACCAUCAGAGGUUGCUGAUGGAUCGAGGAUGCGAAGGCCAUCGAACGAGUCCGGACCAAAGACGGACAGAUCUAAAUCUCCAGGAAGACAACGAAAACAGUCUGUGUCUGGCCCGGAUCUUACGAGACCUCUUCCACCUCGUGGAGCCAGUUUGAUUAAACCCAGAACAGAUUCUAAGCUCGGAACCUCACCACCAGUCCCUCUCAACCUGGCUGCUGAAUUUGGGAUAGGCAAUCCCUACCAUACACCGAACGACUCUUCGUCUUCAAGCGCAUCGGCAUAUAGUGAGGGAAGCAAAGCGAGUUCUCGCUCCAGUCCACCUAGAUCGGUUGGCCCAGGUCGCUCUCGACGACAACCAUCUGAUACUACUCAAGUAGAUGUGCUGAUGGCAGAUCUGGAAUCUUCAAUGGAUGCUCUACAACCACGAGAUGCCUCCACCUCGCCUCCAAGGACCAAGGAACAGUAUCCCAGGCCAUUGCAACCGCCUCCACGUCUUAACCCAUCCAUGCUCGCUCCCGAGUCUCCAAUGGAUCCAGCAAUUCAGGGCGGGCGUCUUUCACCUGUUCCACGCAAUCAAGCUCGGUCUCUAUCACCAGCACGAAGCGAACCCCAAGUCGAGCCACUACGGCGUCCUACAACUGCGGGUCGCCAAUCGAGCCGACCAUCGACUUCCAAAGGAAACUGCAAAGGCUGUGGAGAAGCCAUCAAGGGAAAAUCAGUAUCCUCAGCUGAUGGUCGCUUGACGGGCCGAUACCACAAGCAAUGUUUUGUUUGCAAAACUUGCCAAGAACCUUUCCAGACCUCGACUUUCUACGUGAUCAACGAUGCGCCAUAUUGCGAACGACAUUACCAUAAAUUGAACGGCAGUGUUUGUCAGACUUGCGACAAGGGAAUUGAAGGCCAAUAUCUUGAAAGCGAGAGGAAGCAAAAAUUUCAUCCUGGAUGCCUGACAUGCGCGGAUUGCAAACGAACUCUAAGAAACGACUAUUUCGAAAUGAAUGGACGGGUAUACUGUGAGCGGCACGCCUUCCAGAGAGCGCAACAGGCUCCAAGAUUCUUAGGACCUGGUGCUGGAGGAAGUAAUAGGAUGGAGCGAAGGACGACUCGAUUAAUGAUGAUGUGA